AUGCCUCCCAAACGCCCUCCCACUCCAGCACCCAAACGCAAGGCCCGCGCCUCCGAACCCAUCCCGCGCUCAACAAAGGCCCCCGCCAAGAAGAAGGCGCGGUACUCGUACGACAUGAUUCGCCGCUCGGAUGAAGACGGCGACGAUGACGAGUCGCAGGAUGACGAGGACGGCAAGGACGACGAGUCUGUGCCCGACGAGGGUGACUCGGUUGGGAGUGCUGCUCAGCUUCGCAAGACAUUUGCGGCCAGGAAGCGCUCUGAUGGAAAGAGUGGCGCCAUUGACACCCUUGCCGCCACCCAAUCCGCCAAGCUGGACGAGCUGGACAAGGAACACGCUGCUCGUGUCUCCCGCAUCAAUGCCCUACUCUCCACGUACGCCGACUCUGGCACUGACGACCAUGACCGUGUGCUCAAGUACUUUGACGCUCGUUCGACUGCCCUCGCCGACGUCCGCUCCUGUCUCGGAAACGACCGCUUCACCGAGUUUACCGGCGCGCUCGAAGGUGCCACCGAGUACUUCACCGACACGCGUCCUCGUAUGACCCAGGAGGCGCUUGCGGACAUGAAAGGACAGCUGCGUGCCAUGACCCUCAAGGCUGAAGCGGACGCGGUGUAUCACAAGAACUCGGAGAGCAUGAUUCGGAACCUCCGCCGCACGAUGCGUGCUGCCGCUGGCCGCUACUGA